AUGCAAGCUCUGCAAGCUUUAGAAGCUAUGGAGCAACUAGGAAAUGCUCCGCAUCGUCGUCGUAAGGUUUACCAGAAGAGAUAUGAUCCGUUUUCUUUGCCCGAUGUAGAGUUCAAAAAGCGAUACCGUUUCAAUAAACAUACGGCAUCUUUUAUAAUUGAUCUUGUAAGGCAGGAUUUACAACUGGACCCAAGGGGUUGUGGUACAUCACCAGAAUUGCAGGUGUUAACUGCCAUUAGAUGUUGGGGACGUCGUGAAGUGGUUUGCGAUGCUAAGCUGUAUAUCAGAGACAUCGUUGCCAGAUGGCGAGGCAGUACUCAUGAUUCCCGUAUCUUUAACGAAUCGACUCUUAAGGAGCGCUUUGAAAGAAAAGAGUUUAGAGGGAGACUCUUAGGAGAUUCAGGCUAUCGAUUAGAGCCAUAUCUAUUCACACCUAUACUAAGACCACAAAAUGAGCGUGAAGAAAAAUAUAAUCGAGCACAAAUUGCCACUCGGAACUGUGUUGAACGUUGCUUUGUAGUGUGGAAGCAGCGGUUUCAAAGUCUGUUGUAUGGCAUGACAGUACACAUGAAAAAUGUGAAACCUACAAUUGUGGCUCUUGCAGUGUUGCACAAUAUUGCAAUAGGACAACAGGAUUCGGUACCAGAUCACGAUGAACUCAAUACAAUUGUAGAUGCUGAACUUCUACCUCAAAUUGGUGAGGCCAGAGGAAGAGACUCCAAUAAUGCUCUUCUACGAGCAUUUAUCGAUAGGCAUUUAGCUAAUUAA